AAAAAAAAUAUUAUUCCAAUCCCACUCAUAGACAUACACACACACGUCCCUUUACAACUCCUCCCAUUAUUCAAUAUUUUCCUCUGAAAAACAAACAUUCUAGAAAUUGCACUUUAUCCCUCUCUCUUAAUUGAAACCCCUCCACAGCCUCUUCAAUUCUUUCUCUAGUUUUCUUUCAUGAAGAAAAUGUUGAUACCUUCCUCAUUUUCUCCUCCACUUUCUCAUAGCUUCAUUUAUCAUCUCCUCUUCUAUCUUUAAGUUCUUUCUUCAUCAAUCUUUCAUUUCCUCUGUGCUAUACUAUUGAUUUGUUGCUAUCUCUCUCAUCUAUUCUUUUUAGUUGCUUUAUGGGUUCUGGUUUGUCUGGUCUUGCUUCGGAGAAUAAUGGACCUAGUUUAGGAGAUGUGCCGGAAAGUUGUGUCUCUUCAAUUCUGAUGUAUUUGGAUCCACCGGAGAUUUGUAAACUGGCCGGGUUGAACCGGACCUUUCAUGGUGCUUCUUCAGCUGACUUGGUUUGGGAAACAAAGUUGCCUUCAAAUUACAAGUUUCUUGUUAAUCAAGUUUUACAAGAAAGUCUUGUGAGUUUGGCCAAGAAACAAAUUUAUGCCAGAUUGUGUCAACCUAAUUGCUUUGAUGGUGGCACCAAGCAAGUUUGGCUGGAUAAAAAUAGCGGCAAGAUUUGUCUGUCGAUUUCAUACAAAGCAUUGAGAAUUACCGGAAUAGAUGAUCGGAGAUACUGGAAUCAUAUUUCGUCUGAAGAAUCCAGGUUUCAAACAAUUGCAUAUCUCCAACAAAUCUGGUGGUUCGAAGUUGUGGGUGAAAUAGAGUUUGAAUUUCCAGCAGAUACAUAUAAUUUAUUAUUCAGACUCCAAUUAGGUAAAACUUCAAAUAAAAGAUUUGGAAGAAGAGUAUGUAAUACGGAUCAAGUUCAUGGUUGGAAUAUAAAACCGGUUCAAUUUCAGCUGUCAACAUCCAACGGUCAGCGUGAUUCAUCAGAAUAUUAUCUACAUGAACAAGGAAACUGGGUUUAUUACAAUGUUGGUGAAUUUACUGUGGAAAAUCCCAAUACACCAAUUCAGCUAAAGUUCUCCAUGACGCAAAUUGAUUGUACACAUACGAAAGGCGGCGUAUGCCUUGAUUCUGUGUUAAUAUGCCCCGUGAUUGUUAGCGGUCUCGGUAAGCAGAUGUGCUUGAAAUUGUUACCUGAAAUGUCUAGUGUUGUUCAUCCAGCACUGAUGAUUACCGGGAAGAACCCAUUGUCAACACUUUGGAACCAAAAGAUAGAAUUUGGACAUCAAGCUUCAUACUGGUCAAGUAUAGAGCAAAGUGAACCUUCAGUUCCUGAAGUACUAGUGUACAAGUUGAAGGCUAAUUUAUGUCUUGUAACUGAAAUCCAUAUUCAACCAUUCCAAGUUUAGAUCAUGAUUGCUUGUGCUUUCGUAUCUUGUCAUUUUCUGAUGCAGAAACAAGACCUGACAAAUAGGUUGUUUUGAUAACAGCGUACUUUGAUGAUGCUGAUAAAAGCUUUGAAUUUAUUUUGAUGAUGCAGCAUCGCCCACGUUCAAGCUGUGGGACGACCACUUUCAAAUGCAUUUGAUGUAGAAAUGCUUGAUCACACAGGAAAGUGCACCUUGAAGUAUUGGUCUCAAAGAGAACACUGUUUGUCGUCUGGAGGAGAGACAGGUACAAGUUAUCGCUUACGCUCAUUGGCUGGUACACUGGGAUGGGAAAGUAUGAGU